GGUAUUGGUUGGAUCGAUAACAGAUAGAUACUCAUAAGAUCGUAAAUGCCCUGGAAGUGUCUCUGAAAUGGCUACCAGUCGGGGGCGGUCGAUCACUGCCAGACAGAAACCGAGACCCACCCUUAGCGACCCGUGGGCUCCACAUCGUCAACGUAAAGCAAGCGUAGACUGUCGCAAAUGCAUUAGCGUUGCAGAAACUCAACAAAAACCACCACCUUGCUCUCAUCCUGUCAUGACUUUCCCUGAAUGCAGGCUGCACCCUGCAGUACCUUCUCGGCACUAACCACCUCACCUGGUUGGCACUUGGAAGUUUACAACAGAGUUGUUUUGCGCGUGCACUGUACUCUGUAAAGCGCCCUGGGCUGGUAUGGGUUACUUCGAAGGAUUGUCUCGUCACCGAAGAGCUCAGUGAGAAACGGCGAUUGUGUCCAACUUAACUGAAGUUUUUCCAUGCGCUAUUUCGCCGUUUAAAAACGAAGUAUUUCGCCUAAGAAGACUGAAAAUAUACUGUCUUGAAGACACAGUUUGCGAGCCAAAGCAGGCAGGGCGAUUCCUUAAAAGUGCUCUGUCACGAAACGGAAAGAAGAACAAGAAAAACCGAUAUUCUCAUCCAGAGAAGCAAACCGAAGACUUGGACCGUGACAGUGCAUCAGGAAACGGGAGCCCCGUGAGCAAGUCAUCAGGGAAUGCAUAAUUCAGUAUGGAAGUUCACACCGACCAACAAAGGGCUUUGAAUUCACGCUAAUGGAAUUAAUCCAGUCCGACGGGGAACCCACCAUGGAGUAGGAUAUUUUAUUGUUGACACCCUUAAAACAGGGUCGCUUCUCGUGGUGUCGACUGUGUUGGGUCCUUUUGAGAUCCACAGCGGAUGUGAUACUGUUGGUAAAAACCUACCAGGUAAUGUCGAACGCCUAGCAAAGGACAAACAGACCUAAAGAUGAGGAGUUGUGGAUUGUGAAAAUAGGCUCGCGUGGGUAUAUGUUGUCUGCAACACGCGGUGUUGAUAAUGGCAUCCAACGAAAGACUGUACGAGGUGUGGAUGCUGUACUGCAACAAGAAGGACCCAGACUACCUGAAGCUGUGGCUGGAGAUCUUCCUCGGCUCCUACGAGAGAUGUCUGGACGUGGACUUCGAGAAACCGCCCACAAGGCUGGAGGAGGUCCCCCCGGUGAUGUCACUGCUGCCGGACAACAUCCUGCAGGUGCUGCGUCACCAGCUGCUGCAGUGCGUCCACAAGGUGUCGGACGGCCUGGAGGAGGAGCAGCAGAACCUGGCGCUGCUGCUCGUCAAGUUCCUCAUCGUCACCUGCAGGAACCUCGCUAAUGUGGAAGAGAUCGGCACCUGUUCCUACAUCAACCACGUCAUCACCAUAACAACGCUGUACAUUCAGCAGCUGAAGAGUAAGACUAAAGAGAAAGAGCUGGCAGACCAGGCUCCAGCAGAGGAGUUUGUGCGGCACGCCCUGGCCUUCUGCGAGAGCCUCUAUGACCCCUACCACAACUGGAGACACCGCGUGUGCGGGGAGCAGCUCAGUGCGGUGGAGAGGAGCAGACAGAAGUACAAAGCCGCGCCCCUCACCGUGGAGUUCGUGCCCUUUUUCUACCAGUGCUUCCAGGAGAGCGAGCACCUGAAGGGCAGUCUGAAGUGCGGCCUGCUGCACCUGUUUGGAGCCGUGGUGGCGGGGGGACAGCGCAACGCGCUCCUGGCCAUCUCCCCGGCGACCAUGGAGGUGCUGAUGCGGGUGCUGGCGGACCGCGAGGGCGGGGACGCGGGCGACUGGGACCCGGGCGACGGGGACGCGGGCGACUGGGACGACCCGGCGGCGCCGGCGGCGGACCGGCGGGCGCUGCUCACGCUGGGCUGCCUGCGCGAGGUGGUGCACCGGCUGCUGGCCAGCAGCUCCGACCAGCGGCAGGUGGAGAUCGGCGCCGUGCUGGAGAACUACUUCAAGCUGCUCAACUCCGACCCCGCCGCGCUGCAGGCCAAGGGUCGCGGGGCCACGCCCCCCCAGCAGCAGCAGCAGCAGCAGAGGUCCCGUCGCUGGGAGAGCCGCUUCGUGGCCCUGCAGGUCCACAUGCUGGACACCAUCAGAGAGAUGUUCGAGUGCUCGGACCGGCCCGUCCUGCAGGCCAUCUUCCUCAACAGCAACUGCUUCGAGCACCUGACCCGGCUGCUGCAGAACAGCAAGCUGGUUAAUGCUAUAUGUAAGGGAGCAGAGAAGAGCCAGAAAGAUUUAACCAACAGAUUACUGACAGGAGUGAGUGAGCCUCAGGUAUUCCAGGGACGGGUGGACUCUCUGGCCGUCUCCACCAUCAAAGCCCUGACCACCGUGAUGCACAAGUCUCCGGCCGCCAAGGAGGUGUUCAAGGAGCGCAUUGGCUACACGCACCUGCACGAGGUGCUCGUCUCCCUGGGCCAGCCCUCCCGCCGCCUGCUGAAGGAGCUGAUGAACAUGGCGGUGGAGGGGGAGCACUCCUCGGUGGGCAUUUUGGGGAUCAGCAACGUGCAGCCCCUGCUGCUGCUGGUGCAGUGGCUGCCGGAGCUGGAGGCGGAGCUGCAGAUCUUCACGGCCGACUGGCUGCGGCGGCUCUGCUGCGCCAACCGGCGGACGCGCGCCACCUGCGUCAACGCCGCCAUGGCCGCGCGCGUCCUGGCCGCCCUGGAGCGCCACGCCCGGCUGCACCGCGCCUGCGCCGAGAGCCUGGCGGCGCUGCUGGGCGCGCUGGGCGGCCAGUCGCUGGGCGGGGCCGAGCUGCUGCAGCUGCUGCGGCUGCUGCGCGCCGACGACCCGCGCCGGGCCCACCCGUACGCGGCGCCCGUCCUCCGCGCCGUCCUGGCCAUGGUGCGCAAGCAGGGCCUGGAGAGCGCCACGCAGUACUUCGACCUCGCGCCCAGCAUGGCGGGCAUCGCCGUGCCCACCGUGCAGCGCUGGCCGGGCUCCGCCUUCAGCUUCUUCGCCUGGCUGUCGCUGGACCAGGACCAGCUGGGCCCCAGCAAAGGGGAGAAGAGGAAACAGCUGUACAGCUUUUUCACCCCUGGAGGAACCGGGUUUGAGGCCUUCAUCAGCUCUGCGGGGGUGCUGGUGGUGGCGGUGUGCACCAAGAAGGAGUACGUGACCGUCAUGCUGCCGGACUACUGCUUCUGCGACUCCCUGUGGCACAGUAUCGGCGUGGUGCACGUGCCAGGGAAGAGGCCCUUCGGGCAGAGCCAGGUGUACCUGUACGUGGACGGCCAGCAGAAGCUGUCCGCACCCCUCAAGUACCCCACGAUGACGGAGCCCUUCACCUCCUGCUGCAUCGGAUCAGCGGGCCACAGGACCACCACCCCGCCCCCGUCUCAGAUCCCCGACCCGCCCGUCUCCACGGCGCCCUCCCCGGGCCGCUCUUCCCUGGGGGGCAUCCUGUCUUCGCCGGGCUGGGGGGGCCUGCUGGGGGGCAAGCCGGAGUCGGUGACCAAGCUGAUCUCGGCGGGGACGCAGGACAGCGAGUGGGGCAGCCCCACCUCCCUGCAGGGCCAGCUGGGCGGGGUGAUGGUGUUCCACGAGCCCCUGCAGCUCGCCCACGUCAAGGCCCUGUGCAGCGCAGGACCGAACUGCAUCUCGCCCUUCAAGACCCUGGAGUCCGAGCUCGGGGACCUCCCCCCGAAACUCCUGCUGCACUACUCCCCCAAGGCUUGUCGGAACCCCAUCUGCCUGGACCUGUCCCCGAACACGCUGCACGGCCGCCUCACGGGAAACAAGGUGGUCAACUGGGACAUCAAGGACAUGAUUAACUGCGUGGGGGGGCUGCCCGUGCUCUUCCCGAUCCUGGAGCAGCUGGCCGUCCUGCCCCCUGACCAGGCCACCGAACCCCCGGGGUCAGAGUUCAUCACCCCCGACCUGGCCACGCCUGCUGAGGGGGAUUGGGUCAUCCUGCCCACCAAUAGGGCGUCAGAAGCGCGUCUGGAGAAGAACAUGGUGGCCACCUUCCUGCUGGUGAUAAAGCACUUCAUCCAGAGGCAUCCGAUCAACCAGGAGAGCCUGCUGCACUCCCACGGAGUGGCUACACUGGGAGCGCUGCUGCAGAAGCUGCCCGCCAGUAUGGUGGAUGUGAGUGUGCUGGUGUCGGUCCAGCUGCUGGUGGAGCAGGUCACCUUUGAGAAGAACACUCAGCUCCUGCAGCAGCUGCACACUCACCUGCUCUUCAACUUCAGCAUCUGGAACCAGGGAGACUUCCCCCUGCGCAUCGGGCACAUCCAGUACAUGUCCACCGUCAUUAAGGACAGCAGGAAGCAGUUCCGGAAGAAGUACGGGGUGCAGUUCCUGCUGGACACCGUCCGCCUCUACUACGGCAGCAGCAGCAGCGGUAACCGGGAGGGGGACCUGAGUGAGGAUGACGUCCGCACCAUCCGGGCGUCGCUCUGCGGCCUGCUCAAGUACUACGUCAGCAAGGGUGUGACCCAGGACGAGCUGCAGAGCAUUCUGGGAUACAUGGCAGCCAUCGGCGACGAGGAGCAGCUGUGUGGGAUGCUGGAGCUGCUGCUGACGCUGCUGCAGACCAGCGCCGCGCGAGACCAGCUCUUCCUGCUGCUCUUCGAACCCGGGGCGGCCGAUACCUUCUACGGCCCGCUGCUCCACAGCAAGCACACGGACAAGCUGAGAGAGCUGGUCUUUAAGCUGUACGAGCGCAUGCUCAGGUGUGACCGCGUCUAUGAGAAGAGCAAGCAGAGGCUGAAGCUGAGGGAGGUGGGCUACUCGGGCCUGACGCUGCUUUUCGCCGAGGCCAGCAUCACCCCCACCCUGGUCAAGUGCCUGCUCAACCAGGUGCUGACUGCAGACUCGGUGGUAAACUACAAAGACCUGAUGGCCCUGGUGCAGCUGACCCAUCGGGCCGGACCCAGUGUACGUCUGCAAGUGUGCAAGAAGCUGUACCAGCUGUUGCAGUCGCAGCAGGACGCGGCGCUGCAGAUCUCUCGGCAGCAGUGCUGGCAGGAGACGCUGAUGAGGCUCUUCCUGCGCGCGCCGGGAGGGGAGGGGCCUGCGGGGGGGCGGGGCGACGGCAGCAGCACGGCCAGCCUGGACCUGAGCAGGGGCAGCGGGGGGCGGCCCGACCCCGCCCCGGAGAAGAGGGCCCUCCUGGAGGCUCUGGGGCGGGCGGACGAGGAGCGCGACGCGUCGGACAGCGCCGGGGACAGCCGCUCCGUGGACAGCCUGGACGCCGCGGAGCUGCUGUCCCUGGGCGACGCGCCCGCCGACGCCCCGGGCCCCAAGCCCUGGGCCGCCAAAGCCGGGGACUUGAGUUUGGACUUGAGCCAGGCCCGGCUGUACGAGGCCGGGGACAGCGGCAGCCAGACCCCCGGGAGCAUGCCCAGCACGCCGUCGCCCGUGGAGACCGCCAAGCCUUUCCCGGCCGGCAGCUCCGCCCCCUUCGCCGAGGACAACUUCCUGUUCGGCGACGACCUGUCGCUCGGAGAAUCCUUCAACAGCCUGGAGAGGUCGGAGGAGGAGCUGUGCCGCAUGCUGCUGGAGAUCGUGCUGUGCGUGAUGUGGCGGGGCGUGGAGGGCUCGGACGACGCCGCCUGGCUGGAGCGAGGCCAGGUCUUCUCCGCCCUCACCAAGCUGGGCACGGCCAACGAGCUGCUGCUGCCCGUCGACCACGUCAAGCUCAGCCUGCUGGAGAAGAUGCUGGAGUGGGCGGUGACGGACAACCGGGAGGCGACGGCGGCCAUGCUGCCGCAGCACACGGAGAACGCGGUGCGGCUGCUGCACAUUCUGCAGGACUUCCUGCAGGCGGAGGGGCUGGUGAACCCGGCGCUGUGGACGGAGAAGGUUCUGGAAGAGGCGGUGACGCUGAUGGACAGCCUGAUGGUGUGGUACUCCUCAGGGGCGCAGUGGCUGCUGCUCUCCCAGGUGGGGAUCCGCCUGCUGCUGGGCUUCAUGGCACAGGACGACAUGCAGGUGUGUGCCAUGGCCACGGCCAAGCUGAACACCAUCCUGCAGACGAAGCGCGUGGAGACGCAGGACGAGGCCUGCUACCUGCUGGGCAGCCUGGAGGGCAUCCUGAGCCGCUCGGUGCGCGAGCAGACGGAGACGUACUCCUUCCUCAUCCCGCUGCUGCGCACGCUGCUCUCCAAGAUCCACAAGCUGCUGUACAUGGAGCUGCACCUGCCCUCCCUGCCCGACACCAACGGCUCCCCCUCCUUCUUCGAGGACUUCCAGCUGUACUGCAGCUCCCCCGAGUGGAGGGUCUACCUGGACAAAUAUAUCAUUCCGUACAUGAAGCAGUACGAGCUGGAGAUGUUCAGCCAGGGCCACGAGUCCAUGGCCCUGUUCUGGAAGGACUGCUACGAGGCCUUCAUGGUCAGCCUGCACCGGCGGGAGAGGGAGCGCGGGGAGAGCAAGAUCCGCUUCCAGGAGCAGUUUCUGGAGCCCUACUCCCGGCGCGGCCGCCAGGAGAACCUGCGCUACAACAGCAUGCUGAAGCAGCUGCACAGCCAGCACAGCGCCGUCCUCAGGCAGUGGAAGGCAGCGCGGCGCAGCCUGGUGUGCGAGAGGGGCCCCUGGGCUGACAGGCAGCAGGGUGAGAUGCACUGGCGCGUCUCCAGCGCGGAGAACUACUCGCGCAUGCGCCUCAAGCUGGUGCGCAACCACAACUUCGACCCGCACGCCGAGGCCAGCGCCCUGAGGGACAACCUGGGCGUGCAGCAGCAGCAGGACUGCUCCCGGGCCCUGCUGCUGGAGGCGGUGAAGCAGGCCAAGGUGAGCGACCUGGAGGAGGACACGCUGGAGCUGCCCGAGGACGACCCCGGCGGGGGCAACAGCCUGAGCGAGGCGGAGGAGGCGGGGCAGCGGGAGAAGCUGGUCAUGUCGGAGGACUGCGAGCUGGUGACGGUGAUGGACGUCAGCCCCGGCCGGCUGGAGCUCACCACACAGCACAUCUACUUCUACGACGGCGGCGCCGAGAAGGAGGAGGGUGUGGGUUACGACUUUAAGUGGCCGCUGUCGCAGAUCCGGGAGAUUCACCUGCGCAGGUACAACCUGCGCCGCUCCGCCCUGGAGAUCUUCCUCAUCGACCAGACCAACUACUUCCUCAACUUCAAGAAGGAGGCGAGGAACAAAGUGUACAGUCGUAUCCUGCUGCUGCGCUCUCUCAACCUGUACGGGACGCGCUCUCCACAGGAGCUCCUCAAGGCCUCCGGACUCACCCAGAAAUGGGUGAACAGAGAGAUUUCCAACUUUGACUACCUCAUUCAGCUCAACACUAUCGCGGGACGCACCUACAACGACCUGUCGCAGUAUCCCGUGUUCCCCUGGAUCUUGACAGAUUACACAUCUGAGGAGCUGGACCUCUCUGACCCGCGGGUGUUCCGGGACCUGUCCAAACCGAUCGCCGUCGUCAACGAGAGGAACGCCAAAGCCGUGAGAGAGAAGUAUGAGAGUUUUGAGGACCCCACGGGGACCAUCGACCGGUUCCACUACGGCACGCACUACUCCAACGCCGCCGGCGUCAUGCACUACCUGAUCCGCGUCGAGCCCUUCACCUCGCUGCACAUCCAGCUGCAGAGCGGCAGGUUCGACUGCGCGGAUCGCCAGUUCCAUUCCAUUCCCGCCACCUGGCAGACCCUCAUGGACAACCCCAACGACGUGAAGGAGCUCAUCCCGGAGUUCUUCUAUUUCCCAGAAUUCCUGGAAAACCAGAACGGGUUCGACCUGGGCCGCCUGCAGAUGUCCAAGGAGAGGGUCGAUGACGUCAUCCUUCCCAAAUGGGCCAAGUCCCCCGAGGACUUCAUCUACAAGCACAGGAAGGCCCUGGAGUCUGAGUAUGUGUCCGCCCACCUGCACGAGUGGAUCGAUCUGAUCUUCGGCUACAAACAGCGAGGCCCUGCAGCUGUGGAGGCCCUCAACGUCUUCUACUACUGCACGUAUGAAGGUGCGGUGGACCUGGACGCCAUCACGGACGAGAAGGAGCGCAAGGCAGUGGAGGGGAUGAUCAGUAAUUUCGGACAGACACCCUGCCAGCUGCUCAAGGAGCCCCACCCGGCGCGUCUCUCGCUGGAGGAGGUGGAGAAGAGGAAGACGAGGCUCGACGCCUGCCCCCUCAGCAUCUUCGAGCACCUGACCGAGCUCAAGUCCUUCUUCGUGGAGGGCAUCAGUGACAAUGUGCCCCUGGUCAAGGCCGUGGUUCCCAAGAACCAGUCCCACUCCUUCAUCAGCCAGGGCAGCCCCGACACGCUGGUGACUCUGAGUCAGAAUGGGCUGAUGGGGAUGCACGCCUGGCUCCCCUACGACAAGAACAUCUCCAACUACUUCACCUUCAUCAAGGACCCCACCGUGGCCAGUCCCAAGACCCAGCGCUUCCUGGGCGGGCCUUUCUCCCCGGAGGUGGAGGUGACGGCCCGGCUGUUUGUGGUGUCGCACGACGGGAAGCUGCUGUUCAGCGGGGGCCACUGGGACAACAGCCUGCGGGUCACCUCCCUGCUGAAGGGCAAGACUGUGGGCCAGCACAUCCGGCACAUGGACGUGGUGACCUGCCUGGCGACGGACCACUGCGGCAUCCACCUGAUCUCCGGCUCGCGAGACUCCACCUGCAUGGUGUGGCAGGUGCUGCAGCAGGGCGGGGCUCCUGUGGGCCUGUGCCCUAAGCCAGUGCAGGUGUUGUAUGGACACAUGGAUGAGGUGGUGAGCGUCAGCAUCAGCACAGAGCUGGACAUGGCUGUCUCAGGAUCGAGGGACGGCACGGUGCUCAUCCACACCGUCCGGAGGGGCCAGUACAUGCGCUCCCUGCGUCCGCCCUGCGAGAGCUCCCUGCCCGUGUCCAUCCUGCACCUGGCCGUGUCCUGGGAGGGCCGCCUGGUGGUGCACACCUGCGUGGAGGGCAAGGCCACGCUCAAGGAUAAGAACGCUCUUCACGUGUACUCUGUGAACGGUAAGCACCUGUGCACGGAGAGCCUGCAGGAGCAGGUGACCGACCUGUGCGUGUCCGGGGAGUACAUCGUGCUGGGCAGCGAGCAGGGCUUCCUCUCCAUCCGCGACCUCUACAGCCUGGCCCUGUGCGCGGCGCCCAUGGCGAUGCGGGUCCCGGUGCGCUGCGUCUCGGCGACCAAGGAGCAGAGCCACGCCCUGGUGGGGCUGCGGGACGGGAAGCUGAUCAUCGUGGGCGUGGGCAAGCCGGCCGAGGUAAAGAGCUCCCUCAGGAACUACAUCGCCCAGAGUCUGGAGGGCUCGCCCCUCAUGGACACGCCCCUGCUGGCCCCCCUCCGAGUGCGCUCGCCCGCCCGCCUCAUGCACCUCAGGGAAAAGCUGGUGUUCAGCCCCCCGCCCUGAGCACUGGGACCCCCCCCCCCCCUCCCAUGGGGCGUGGAGUGAGGGGGAGGAGGGGGGGGGGUGGUGAGGUGUCCUCCACCCAACUGUGGGAGUUAAGCUACCUUAUACUGUCAAUCUGUGAUUCCCCGACCGAAGCCAUCCAAUCAAAUGGCCGGGCUCUCCAGGGGGCCUAAUGCACCUCCGCAGCGAUUGGCUCAGAGGCUUCUUCUCUCCAGUCGUUGGCUGCACGUGCUGGUCUUCCGCUGUGGGUGUUCAUUCAUUCAUACACUCGGGUUCCUUCGGCUCCUGUGCGCAGCCUGAUGGGCGAGGGGCUCAGGUUCCUUAGGUCAGGCUGCAGAGGCUGCCUGCGGUACACGUCCUCACGUUGUACUCACAGUGCAGUAUACCCGUGUGUGCUGUGCGCUCAUGAUUUCUGUUUGUCUGUCUUGGUGUUAUGUUAUGUCCCCCAGGAUAAGGGAGCCAAUCCAGUGUUUUUGUUAGCAAUAAGAAUACAUGUUGUAUUGUACACACAUGCAACGCAGAGUAGUACUUUGCCUGUAGUUUGGCUGUGAUGUGAUUUGUAAAGAUGUAAGAUAUUGUUGAUGAUUUGUGAUUGAUAAGACUGAUUGGCAGUGAUUGAUGAGAUUGAUUGGCAGUGAUUGAUGAGAUUGAUUGGCAGUGAUUGAUGAGAUUGA